AUGGCCCUCUCCCCGCGGGUGGCGGCACCACGGCAGCCCCCGGCUUUUGGCUCGGCCGGGCCGGAGGGAUACCGAAGCUUCAUCCGAACUUCGCGCCCUCGAGGAAAAAUGACCCCCUCAAACAGCGAGGCAACCCUUGCCCACCCCGAAACUUUGAGUACCCGUCCUCGCUACUGCCCGCAGUGCUCCGAGUUCGAGGGUGCCAGCCCCAACCGGCCCGGCCCCAGCGACCCAGCAGACUGGCUGAGCCCGACCGAGAUCUACAAGGCUGCCAACCUCACUGUUUUUGCUAGUGACCGUCAACGCCCCGGCUGUCCAGUAUGGCUGGAUUUUCAUUUCGCCCGUGGCAGCCAGGGUCCCAGUCACUGGCAUGGUCUUCUGCAGGGACAUACUCUUUUCCUGGAUACCCCUCGGCUGGCGCUGGAUUUCAACAGCCGGGAAAGCUUGACCGCUACGCUGGAAUACAUUGAAGAAAAAACAGAGGCUGACCAAGUGCUGGUGAACUUCCAUAAGGCUCGGCGAGACAGAGGCGACUUGCUACGAGCUUUCGGCUUCCUGGGUUUCGAACUCGUGGCCCCAGACCACCCUGGCCUGCCCCCCUGGGAAGACACCAUCUUCAUGGCUUACCCCCUGGAACGCGAUCUCAGCUGAAAUCCCCAACCAAAGCAGGAAUGACACUCGUGGGGGCCGGAGGCAGGAAGGGCCGGUGCUGAUGGGGGAAACCCACCCCCUGCCCCGGUUCGAAGCAGCGUGAUUUCAGAGCCCUCCCCCAAAAAAGGCAUUAAAGUGGCAUGAAAGCUUAGCAGCUUAUGAGACGAGGGAGGGAGAGAGGGAGGGAGGGGUAUGAAGUUAUAAUAGGGGAGAACCUCACCCCUCCUGCCCUCCAAAUCUUCCGUCCCAUCCCAAGACAGAUCGGUUUGUGGCUACAAGGCCUGCAGCAUCCUUGACUUUUCUCCCGACAACCCACAAUUCUGGGGCUGAAAUCAUCUCCACACACAUCCACACACACCCCUGGCUGCAUUUUUGACUCGGGGAAAGGAACUGCUAAACACCAGCUUUUUAUUUCAGACAAAAUAUAUAUAUAUAUAUAUAAACUGAGACAUCUUGGUCGCUGCAGCCGUCUCAUCGCUGCCCUUUGCGUUUUAAACGCUUUUGAGUUGCUUUCCAAAGUGACCUCUUGCAAAACAAACUCUUCCUUCACCCCCUAGA